UGGUGGUCUCAUUGCGCGCGACUGCUCCAUUCACCGGAUGGUCCGGAUUCACCCGUUGGCCGUUGUAGCGAUCUGAUGAGUCUCGUGACUUUCCGUGUUCGUAGUGCCCGCACUCGCGUCCACGCGCAGUUGCGCUUCUUCGGCAACGUGAUCAAGAAGAUUCAGGGAUCCAGUGAUACGUGAUCUAGCGGUCAAUUCGUUGGUGCGUGGUAAUCUGUCGGGAAAUGUGUCGCCGUUGUCCGACCGGCUAUUGAAAAGUGCAAGCCGCUCCCGUUCGAGCCGCUUCGAUUCUUGUUACGUGAAAAGGAUCUAUGCUCCACAAUCCACGGAUAAAAUGACGGUUGCUGGAAAGAGAUACGUAGACUGCACAGUAUUGGAUACGGGCAGUAUGCCAGACGCCGAGGACUCUUCAUACGACAGCGACUACGACGCCGAGGAUUCGACAACAACAACGGCGACGACGACGACAACAAUGACAACGACAGCAGCGACACGGUGUCCACGAUCGGAAUCGCAGAUAUCCCCAGCACACCCGGACGUGUCUCGCACCGCAUCGGACACCUUGGCGGCAGAGUUCGCGGAGUACGUUACCAUCCAGGGACCAUCACCUACGCAAAACCCAGAGGUGCCAAAGAAAUUUGCGAGUUAUCGCCAUGUUAUCGAGAUCCAUUGCUAA